GAUUUUUGCAUAAAUUUUCUCAGUAAUAAUUGUCGAUCGAAUAAAACUCCGUCGAAGGAGUAUUCCAUGCAUUUACUUCGCUAGUUAAAGUCAAUCAAGAACCGUUUUUCAAAUUACGUCACACAUGAGAAUCGACAUGUGUAAAUUCGUACGACAAUGGUGACGAUGCGCAGUUGACUUCAGACGGUUGGUGUACGUGUACGAAAAACGCGAUGGUUAAGCUUGUUUGAUUGGAACGUAUCUCUGAGGAAAUUGCGGUGAUCCUUAUAGAAAGAUUGUCUUAGGAUUCCGCGAGUUUCCACGUUCAUAAAAUCCCGUGGUUGGCGAUCGUUCCUCCGAUCCCGAUGAUUCUCACCUCCGCCGUUCGUAACAUAUGCAAAUCCGAAAUGUCAACAUCGGGAGACAGGAGAACGCGCUGUUAUCUAAACAACACGCAGCUGAUAAGAGGAUUUCUCAGUGGAAUUCGUUCCAUGUGAAUCAUUUAUGAUACGGGAUGAUGUGAGAAGAGUGUAGCGCGUAGAAGAAGAACGUAAGCUUGAUUUAAUUGGAAAACUUAGAAAAAUGGGUUCGAUCGCGUUGGAAGAAUACGAACUGAUGAAGGACUCCAAGUACCGAGUCUACGUGUCUGCGGUUGACAAAGCUCUCAAGAGCUUUGAAUACACCAGCGAAUGGGCAGACCUGAUCUCAGCGCUUGGGAAAUUAAACAAGGUUUUACUGAGCCACAUGAAAUUCCCAGUGAUCCCGAGGAGAAUCAAGAUAUCUAAGAGACUGGCACAGUGUAUGCACCCUGCAUUGCCGUCCGGUGUUCAUUUAAAAGCUCUAGAGACGUACGACAUAAUUUUCAAAUGCAUGGGCACUAACAGACUGAGCCACGAACUGUUCAUAUACAGCGCUGGCUUGUUUCCAUUAUUGGGACACGCAGCGAUGAACGUCAGACCGUCUUUGUUGACGGUUUACGAGACUCAUUUCGUGCCUCUCGGGGAGAGACUCAGGCCUGGUCUCAGCGGAUUUCUCAGCGGCGUUCUGCUGGGUUUAGAAGACGGUUCUGAUCACUACGACAGGACUAAUUCUUUGCUGGAGAAAGUCUGCGAAGGAGUAGGACCGGAUCACUUUUACGCCUGUUUGUGGGACUGUCUGGCUUCGAACUCCGGGAUACGGCUGCCUGCUAUAUCCUUCGUCUUAGCGCACUUCAACAAGAAACUGCCAAUGGAGGAACAGAAGUACAUCAUGGGUACAAACACGAACAUUAUGGUCACUGCUCUGUGCGCCGGAGUACAGGACAGUUCCGUGCUGGUACAAAGGAGCGCGUUGGACCUGCUUUUAGUCGGAUUCCCUGUACACAAUAGUCAAUUAACGCGCGAGAACAUGGUGUCGUUGGUCACAGCGGCUCUCGUCACUAUAUUAAGACGCGACAUGAGUUUGAACAGAAGACUGUUCGCUUGGUUGUUAGGCACGGAAGUUAGUACGUCUAUCUUGAAGAGGAAAACUGAUAAAGUCUCGCAGAAUGUAGAGAACACGCCUACUUACUUCGACACGUAUUCAAAAGACAUGUUAGUCGAAGCGAUCAAGUCUUUCUUGAAGACCGUCUGCGAGGAGAGCCCGCAGGAUUUAAAACCGUACAGAAUAUUAGUCUCUCUAUUGGAAAAAGCGGAUAUUGGACCAGAGAUUCUGGAUGAUAUCCUGUAUGAAGUAUUCAGGACUUUUUACAACGCCUGCGGACAGUCGAACAGAGUGCCGAAGACGAACGAAGUCGUAAAAUCAGCGAAUCUGUUGUUCUCGACGUUGGAACCGUCUUACGUUUGGAUACACUGCGGUCAUUUAUUCGAGAACGCUUGUCAGUCGAGAGCAAAGAGUAAAAAGGAGUUAGAGGACGUCACUGUAAGACUUGUAGGCAGUGGGACACCGAAUUUCAUGGAAGUCUGUAUAUUAACAGAGUUCCUCCUCGACACCGUGUCACUAGACGCUUUCAUAGACACUCCUUCUGAACAUUUGCCUGGCUUGUUCUACGAGAUCAUUAGCAAACUUUUGUAUCACAUCGACCUGCUGUCUCCUAUGGAGAUUUCAAGGAGCCUUCAAUUAUGUGCGAAGAUCUUGUCCAAGGUCCAGCCGACGAUAGUCACCACGCAGACGGAGAAGAACGAAUUGGAAGUUAAACUGGACACGACUAUCAGCGGAGCCAGUACGGCUACAAUUAACGACAACUCCUUGACUGCGAUACCAUUGGAGAAAAGUCAAUCUGAUAGUAAAUUAAAUAAACAAGACGCGUCGAGUAACUUGUUCUCCGAGAAGAGUCCCAGUCCGAGGAGAAGAGCAAACUCCGGAGGAGCUACUAAACGAUCUGAGAAGAAAUCGAAGAAGAAAUCUAGCAAGAGCACGUCGAAGCUGAGCGAGUCUCUGCCUGAACCAAGUACGAGUAUUUCAGUAGUGGUGAGCCACGAGCCGAAAGGUUUGCCGAGGAACAAAAGCAUGGAUGACAUAAAAGCAGAAGCUAGUAUCGUCAAUUCCCCUUCUAAGGAUCAAUUGGCGACUUUGAAACAUUCUAGUAAAGCUAGCUCGAUGGGUUCCACGGGAUCCCUAGCGAGGGGACCGUCGCCGGCGUUCCAGGCUCAGCAUUCUAUGUUGGAGAAAUGUCUGAGACAGUAUGAAAUAUUUUACGUGAAGCUGAUCAGUAACAGAGUAUUAAGCAAAGAGAGAACUGUUCAAAGUAUGUUCGACAAUCUGAUGAUACCUUGUCCAAGGGAGAGCUUCGACGAGAGGAUGCGAUACUUGGAGCUUUUAUUAAACUCCAGAUUGAACAUGGAAGACUCUGGUUUCUUUAGUCAAGACGUUUCUGUGACUGAAGACGGGAAACACGUCGACAUUCUUCAAUUACACAUCGACUCUGUUUCGCAGGUGGAUUGGGAGGAGGCAGUGAGGAUGGCGUCUAGUUUAUUCGUCGAGCUGUCCACGUUCCCUAAAUAUUUCCCCGGUGAUGGACUGCUCGUAGAAGAAGAACCGAAGGAGAAUAUCGUUCUACCGGACUGGUUGAAGGUUCUCGCCGUCUGCAGCUGCUGGUUAGGCAAGCAGCCUUCUUUACAAUUGACCAGCAUUGCCACGCUGCUGGAUUUAAUAGCCUUAUUGAAAGCCCACAACGACAUUGAGACUCAUCCGAAGAGCGGCGAGGGAAUCACCACCGUAGUCAUGGUACCAUUGUUAAAACAGUGGCACAUAACUUAUUUAAUGCAGUACACGAACGUAUUUCAAGUACUGGCGCACUCCUUAUGGUACCACCUCGGCGAGUUACCAGCGCAUAAGUACAGAAUGCGUUGUGUAGAAUUGUUACAUGAACUCCAUCACGCUUUGCACGACACGUGCGAUGCAGUUGAGGACGUGAUAGGCGCAGCGCUCACGUCGGAAAGCAUAGAGAGAAGAAUAGAAGCGUUCAGUAGAUUCGCCACGUUGUGGCAUCUGGGAAGAGAGAUCGAAACGAAUCCGAGACUGCGAGGCUGUUUGAGAUCCUUCGAUCAAUCUUUGUUAAAACUGUUAGACAAUCUGCAGCUCGCGGAUAAUUCCCCGUUGAAGCUCCACGCUCAGUCCUGGCUCCUGCAUUCUCUGAUGCGUGGAGAUAUUUCAAGAGUCGUGGACCCUUUGUUAAUAAUAUUACUGGACCCGUCGACGUGUCGUAUGAGCGUACUUCAUGUUAGUAUUCAACACAGUAACACGGUUUUAACGAAGAACGACGCCGUGGAGGAGAAGUCUGAAAUCCAGGACGACACCGAAGGCGCGGCGAAGAUCUACGCGAUCAGUUCUGUAGACGGGAACGUGAUUUAUCACGUCAGCGACAGCGUCGACGAGGACAAGAUCUGGAGGAAAGGGAAGAAGAAGAAGAAGACGAUAAACCCUGUGAAAGUAAAAAGAAUAUUCGCAGUGACUACUUUGGCUGCUGGAGAAAAUUGCAAUCAAUACGUCACUGAGAAGAAUCAGUUCAUGAAAGAGCUGGAAGUGCCUCCGAGCAUUUCUGGUAACAGGAAAAUUUCUGUGUUCGUGAAUCCUCUGUCUCUCAACUGCAACGAGAAUUCAAACGAUUCUUUGACCGAAGACGAAUUAAUACCAACCGUGAAGAAGACGAAUUUGACAACGGAGUUGUUGAAGAACGCGACGAGGUUCAAGAAGAUAGACUUUGACAAAGGGUCAAACGCGAGUCUAGACGAGAGCCUGUACGAAUCUGCGAGUUCCAGCUCAAAAGCGAAGGAGAAGAACGGGUACAAGAAGGUCAACGGUGAGGUGGACUCUUCCAUGGAUUCUAUUACUAACAGUUUCGAUUCCAGCAGCCCUGAAAUCACUCACAAACAAUCUAAACAGAAGAAGGAGAAUAUGCUGUUGCCAGGAGGUUCGAGAGAGGUGGCUGGCACUAUAAUUAAAGGGAAGUAUCACAGCACCAACGAGUUCGCUACGAAUUACGACAUCCACGACGUGGGUAGUUUCGAAGCCAGCGUCGAAGUUCCUAGCUGGACGAUGGACGACGAAGAGGCUGACUUAGACGUUAGCACGACUGCCGAGGAGUAUUUCAGCAAUUCCAGUGGUAACAGUAUAGUCGAAGAGAUUCUCAACGAAGUUCUAGACAAAGUGAUGCAGAUCUGUGACGUGGAACAACCGAAGAGCAUCGAGGAAGCCUCGGGUCAGAAUUCUAAAUCUGGAAGGAACUUCGGAGUCGGUGUACACAAUUUACACUCGCACAUGCUGCUCUACUGCGGAGUCUACGAUUCCACGAGGACUCUGUACGCUCUGCGUACUCUUCGAAACGAGUUAUUAACGAACACGAGGAUGUUCCUCUGCUGCGCAGCGACCACCGGCGUUUCGAACACGACGAAGAACACGACUCUACUGAAUUUGUUGGCCAGGCACCGGAAGAGCGUGUUCGGAAGGAAUUUCCAUGGGGACGUCGCUAAUACUGAGUUCAUAGCAGCUUACAGGAGCAGCAUGUACCUGGAGGUUUUGAUCAGCGUCUGCCUUUACUUCGCCAGGAGUUAUUAUCCAAAUCUGGGACAAAUGAGGCUCACGCACGAAGAGAUAUCUGGCAAUCGACAGGUUCAACUCGCCAGCGCGGAAUUAUUAACUCUGAUGUUCUCUGAAUUAAUUCCUAUCGUUCGCGACUCUGGUAAAGGAUUCAGUUGUUACAUAGUCGAUCUUCUCACGAAGUGCAAAGUGCAGAAAGUCGCGUUGCACUGUCUCGUGUCGAGCGUGAUGAACAUGAAGAACGCGCAUAAAGAAAACGAGGAGGUCUCCACGUUCACCGAAGAGAUUGUUUUGUUCAACGAUCCUGUGGUUGAAAACGAUAUAAACAAAUGCAAAUUCAGGGCGAGCGAUCACACAGAGGCUUUCCAAAUACAAUUACUAAGAUUGCUGUUAGCUUUAAUUAUGUUAGAGUAUCAAUGUGGUAAUCAAAAAGGCGAGGAGAUCUGCCCGCCGACGAUAACGACGCCUAGCACACCGACGACCGUUCCUAACAUCACGGGAAACAGUUUGAAGUAUCUACCCGGUGCACCGAUUCCACAGCAACCAAUGUUCCUCGCGAGUAUAUUAAGCGCCUUACAACUAGAUCACAUGCGACACUUGCAUCAGCACUGGACGACCCUCGUCACGUCCAGCCUCCCUUUCAUGGGAUCCUCGUUAACGUCUAUAGUCACAUCGGUCAUCCAUCAGCUUUGCUGCAACAUCGAACACCUGUCGUCUUAUUACAUCAACGAAGAAACAGCGACGACGACCAUGGCGACUAAAUUACAAGAUAUAAGCACCGUCGAAUGCUGUCUUCCUGCAGAUUACACAGUCACGCAUUUAGAAGCUCUCACGUUUUUACUUCAUUAUUGUUUAUUAGAUACGUCGCAGCAAAUUGGGUUCUCGUUUAAUCAGCCUUUCAGCGGUACGAUCCAGACUGGGAUUCCUGGUGCGAAUCCUGGACAGAUAUUUAAUAAUCUCAUUCACGUGUUCAUGCCCAGCCCGCUCUCUUCCGAUCUGACGACGAACAAAGAUAAGAACGGGAUUAGUGAAUUACAGCAGCACGCCAGGCGAACGGCUCUCAGUCACCUCCCUAGGAUAAUCGCGUCUCUCUCUACCCUCUGGCAAGCAGUGUUAGCUACCAAAGACAAUGAACAGGCCAGCUGCGUGGUGGGCUGUCCAAGAAUAGUGAAGCAUCAGCUUUUGGAAUUACUGUCUCCCAUAUCGUUCCACCAUGGAGUGAAUUUCUUAGCUGCGAUCGCAGUCGCUUGGCACGAGAGGCGACAGCCUUCUGGAAGUUCAAAGAAAGUACUUCCAGAGGCUUGUCCGAAUCAACAAGUGAUGGUUCACCUCGUGAGCGCGAUCCGCGUGAUGCCCAUCGAUACCCUCGUGCAAACUGUUCACCAAGUCGUGAAGAAUUCUCCACCGAUUCAUGGAGUCAAGCAAGAUUUCUCGUUGGAGGUCUCCGUGUUGGAAUUGCUUUACGUUUACAUGCAGAGCAACACGUCGCAGUCGCUGAUCGAGUCCUGGGCUUCUCUGUUAGGUUUACUGAAAGACGGCCUAUCUCUAACAGCGCCUGCCCAGUUCCUCUUGUUAGCAAUUUUAAACGAGUACGUGCAGAAGUGUCCGCCUAUGCAGGAGAAGAAGGACAUACGAGAUCUGCAGGACGUAUCAGCGAAGCUGGUCGAGUCGUGUUCGCAAAUAGCAGGAGCCUGCUUAGAGCAGACGACGUGGCUGAGGAGGAACCUGGCAGUGAGGGAAGACGCGUUCGAAGUUGCCGAAGGAUCCUCGGAAGGUAAAGAGGGCAAAACUGGUGCUGUAACUCCCGGCACGCCGCCUAACGCAGCGUACAGUAUUCAAGCCCAGGCAGUAUUGGCAGAAAUCGUCGCGCCUUUAUUGGACGUCAGCUACGGUUCUCAAGAGAAAGAACGCGUCGUCACUCUGUUAACUAAUCUCAUGUACAAUGUCACGCCGUACCUAAAAAAUCACUCGACGAAGAACAUCGCCUCGUUCACGGCUUGUUCUCAGUUACUCAGUUCCUUGUCCGGUUACCAGUACACGAGGAAAGCAUGGCGCAAAGACGUCCUCGAUCUUUUAUUAGAUCCUGCGUUCUUCCAAAUGACGCCAGCCUGUUUACCGUACUGGAGGACCAUCAUAGAUAAUCUAAUGACGCAUGACAAUACGACGUUCCGAGACUUAAUGAAUCGCGUUUCCAUGGCUCAGAGCAGUAGCAUCAGUAUAUUCUCGUCGAAGGAGCAAGAGUACGAGCAGAAGGCUCAGCUGUUGAAGAGACUGGCGUACGUGAUAUUCUGCAGCGAGAUGGAUCAGUACCAUAAAUACAUGCCUGAGAUACAAGAACGAUUGGCGGAUAGUUUGAGACUGCCGCAGGUGAUUCCGUCGAUUCAAGCCCAGGUGUUUCUGUGUUUCCGUGUGUUACUCCUUAGAAUGACCCCGCAACACGCUACUUCCUUAUGGCCGGUAAUAGUCAGUGAACUUGUUCAAGUCUUCCUGUACAUUGAACAAGAACUGAGUACAGAUAGCGAGGAGUUCAGUCGUCAUGGCAGUUCGCAUAUAAAAUUACUGUCCGCUUUGGACUCGUCUUGGGCUGUGAACGCUAACAACGGUCUCCAGGCGCACGGCCAUCCUCACUGGCUGCAGCUGCAACUCGCAGCUGCUAAAUUGUUAGAUCUGGCGUUGCUGUUACCCGCGCACAGGCUUCCUCAGUUCCAAAUGUACAGAUGGGCAUUCGUAGGAGAUUCGGCUGCAGGAUCUUUGGAGAACAACAAUCUCUCGUCGGACUUUGUACCACACAUUACGAGAAUAGCGAAAUUAAUGGACAGCAAGUACAAACAAGAGACUGGCUUUGCGAGGGCUACGCCUGGUGAGCUUCUGUUGACGUCGAACAACAUCCGCUCGUUGCAAGACCUGCAUUAUUUUUUUACAACGCUGAGUCGCAGAUCGAGCGACACCCAGGCACCGUUGAACAUUACACAACUGGAGACGGUGAUCGAGCAAGAUUUCCUUGAAAAGAUGCCAGCCGCGAGGUAGUAGGACGUAUAUACAAAACGGAUGGAUAGGCGAACAUAAACGUAACGUCGUUAUUCUUUGAUAUCUUUUUAAUGCACGCGGAAACGAUCCCCGAUCGAACUUCAAUUCCACGCAGUUCUCCACUUGUACAUUAAUCGUAGGGAAUUGUAUAUUCUGAUGAACAUUUCAUUUCUAUUAGCUAAGCUUCGAAAACUUGUCUCCUCAUUCGGUUGUGAAUAGUCAGAAGAUACGGGCUGGCGCCUAGCUAAUUAUUAUCUAGAGGGAACAUACAAAAAUGUACAGUGUAACAUAACUUUAUUCGUUUCGAACUUUCAAUCGUUUCUUCGCUCUUCGGUUGUUAUCGACAUAUAAAUACUGAAUGUUCGAUAAAGCUUGGUUGAGCAACAGAGAUACUAGCAACGAUUUCACAGCCUCUCUGAUCUUUCGUUAAUUAAUUAAAAUAGAUGUCUGUAGUAAAUGAGCAACGGUGAUUUCUAAAGUGCAAAGAGAGAACGAUAUAUUUUAGAAUCCGAUGUACAGGAAUAAAUAGAAGAUGCGUCAUGUGUGUGAAUGUUAUGCUUCAAUAUUA